AUGUCAGACAUCAAAAGUACUUCACCAGUAGCACCACCAUCCCAAACACUUUUAAAUGAUAAAUGGGAUGUAGUAUUAUCCAAUACAUUAGUUAAAACUGGAUUAGGAUUUGGAUGUGGUGUUUUAGGAUCUGUUUUAUUUUUCAAGAGAAGAGCCUUUCCAGUUUGGUUAGGAAUUGGUUUUGGUUUAGGUAGAGGUUAUUCUGAAGGUGAUGCUAUCUUUCGUUCUCCAGUUGGUUUGCGUCAUACUCAGGCUUAA